GUGAUGUUUGGGUCCCGGCUCCGCCCCUUGCACCGCCCCUCCUGCCGCGAGCAAGCUGAGCGCACCCGCGAACCACCCCGGCCCAGCUCCGUGGGAAGGCAGUGGCCCUGCGCUCUGUGAGAAGAUGUCCUGUGGAUCCAUCGCUGGCAGUGGUGGCCUGGGGAGCCAGAGCCCUUUCGGGGGGCCCUCCCGACAAGGCUGUCAGCCCCUAGAGUGCGCUAAAUGUUGGACCGAGUAUGGAAUCCGCCAUUUCCCCUGCCCGUCUCCAGAGAGCGGCCCGCAGGAUCCCUGUGUGGGCAAGGACGGGGAAGGUGAUCUGGGGUCAGCGGGCACACCCAGAGGCCCGGGGGCCAGGAAGCGAGGGCCGGGGGUCGCCCCCGAAGGCACUGGGACACCAGCGCCCACCUCACCACCCCCUGCCGGCCCGAGGAGGGACUCUGCCGGCAGGGCCCACGGCCGGCUGGCAGGGCCCAGUGCCACGCGGGCCAAGAAGAGGAAGCCCAACUUCUGCCCGCAGGAGACGGAGGUCCUGGUGUCCAAGGUCAGCAAGCACCACCAGCUGCUGUUCGGCACGGGGCUGCCAAAGGCCGAGCCCACGCACAGGUACCGCGUGUGGAGCCGCAUCCUGCAGGCCGUCAACGCCCUGGGCUACUGCCGCCGUGACAUCGUGGACCUCAAGCACAAGUGGAGGGACCUGCGCGCGGUCGUGCGGCGCAAGCUGGGCGCCCUCCGCCCUGUGGCGCAUGGUCCCGGACGGCUCCGGGCCUCGGCCCUCACGCCCGUGGAGCAGCUGGUGGCCAGGACCUUCUCCUGCCAGGCCCCGCCCCCUGACGGCCUCGGCCUGGAGCCGCUCAGAGGGGCUUCGAGUGCCCCGGGCGGGCCUGCUGGUCCCCCCGUGAUGCUGUGGGGACGCCCCGGCUGGGAGGGGUCGCUGCCCCACAGCCCCGUGAAGCUGUGUGCUCCCCCCUCCUGUCUCGCAGCCACGCAGGUGGACCCUGGUGGCCUCCCGGAGCUGUUCCAGCAGACAUCGGCCCGCGUCUCCCGGAUCAACUCCAGCGUGACCUCCUUGGAGCAGAACCUCCGGUCCCUGGGGACGCCGAGUGACACGCCGGAGCUGAGGGAGAGCCUGCACGCGGCGCAGCAGGAGACCAACACGACCAUCGAGGCCAGCGCCUGUGCCGUGAAGCAGAUGGCCCAGCUCCUGCGGGGCUGCUCCCCGCGACAGCGCCUUCAGCUGGAGCGGCUCAGGACUCAGCUGUCGGACGGCGUUCAGCGCUACGGCGCCCUGCAGAAGAAAAUUGCGGAGAAGUCCAGAGCUCUGCUUCCCAUGGCGCAGAGGGGUGCCAAACAGCAGCAGAGUCCCCGGGCCCCUUAUGCUGAGCUGCCCGACGAUGGAAAGAUCUUUAACGGGGGUGACGGCAUGUGGCAGGGCCAGGAGCAGACGUCCCUUCCAGAGAUCACCGAGGACGACGUGGAGGCCAUCCGGCUGCGCGAGGAGGCCAUCUUGCAGAUCGAGAGUGACUUGUUGGAUGUAAAUCAGAUCAUCAAGGAUUUGACUUCCAUGGUGUCAGAGCAAGGAGAUGCCACCGGGUCCCGCAGCGGCAGGGCUGCAUGCCGGCAGAGCUCCAGCCCAGAGCCGGCCGUGGUGGCUCCGCUGCCCGGGCCGGGGCGCGCGCCCCUGCGGCAGGGCCCUCACUCCCGCACCAAGACGCGCAAGCCCAACUUCAGCCCCCAGGAGACGGAGGUGCUGGUGCAGAGGGUGGCUCGCCACUACCCCCUGCUGUUUGGGGCGCUGCGGGCCACGCCCUCCCGGAAGCACCGCGUGUGGAGCAAGAUCCUGCAGGCGGUCAACGCCCUGGGCUACUGCCGCAGGGACCUGGGCGAACUCAAGCACAAGUGGAGGGACCUGCGUGGGAACGUGCGCAAGAAGCUGGCGGAGCACCCAUGGGCCCCCGGCCUCGUCCUCACCCCUGUCGAGCGCAUGGUGGCCGAGACCUUCUCCUCCCCAGCCCCCCUGGGCGAGGGCCAGGCUGCUGAGCCCCUGCCAAGUUGGGGAUUGAAGGUCCAGAGAAAAGAAGGGUUCCCCCAAGCCACACAGGUUCAGGAGGAAAAGCUGGCUUUGGAGACCAGGCUGCAGGAUCUCAUGUCCAGGGCCUUUGCUGCUGCGCUGGGGAAGCAUUGCUCCAUGUCCGCCCUCCCACCCUCCUGGAACAGCCCCGUGCUGGAGGAGUGCACCCACGGGCCGGCGGACGAGGAAGACGAGGCCCCCAGCUGCCUGUGGCUACCCUUGCGGACCCCGGAUGGGCCAAGCCUGCCCGAACCUGACCCCCUGGACCUACGAGGAACUGUCCCCGCCCCUGCCUCCUCACCCUCCCCGCCGGACUCCCCCACCUCCCCCGCCUCCCCGGCCUCUGCGCCCCCUGCAGCUGCAUUUCCAGGGGCCCUCGGACCCUCCCCACCCUCCACUGUGCCGCCCCCACCCCCUGGGCAGCCCACAGCAGAGGCCUCCGAGUUUGAGCAGUGGCUGCUGGCCUCCCAUCGGCGACAAGGCGCCCUGCUCGCCCACUGGUCACAGCAGCAGAGCGCCCUGAUGGCCCAGCAGAACCUGCUGCUCCAGCGGCUGGCCGAGCAGAGCCAGCGGCUGGCCGACGGCGUCGAGGCCCUCAACCAGACCCUCGGGAAGCUGGCGGAGGCCUGCGCGGCCCAGGGAGCCCCGCCCAUGGUUCCGGACGGCACCCCCGCUGGUGGGGUGGCUGCUGGACCCACCAGAGGCACCCAGGGCAGCCCUCAGGGCCUGGAGGUCUUCUCAGGGAUGAUCCUGAAGGUGGAGGAGGAGGUCUAGAGUCUGGCCCCCAGGGAGCUGCACACAGAGCAGGGACCCCAGCCCUCCUCAGAGGCAGGCUGGGGGACAGCAGGGCAGAGUUGGGGCCUCGAUGGAGCCUGCGAGGACACAGGACACACUCGCGCAGAGAAAGGCUCUGGAGCCCGUCGGUGGGUCCUGGACAGGAGCCUACUCAGGGAUGUCAUGGCCGGAAGAGACAGAGAGGCGCUGGCAGAGCCCGUCCCCC